AUGACACAGGGUGCAGGGCAGGCGGCAAUGGUAGCAAUUCAGAGACAUAAUCAACAGCAGAACCAAGCAACUCCACGCCAGGGAACAGGCGCUAAACAGACGGUCAGAAGAGCCAAUUCGUUGACAGCAGCUUCAAAUAGGUCGAAUUCGUUGAGGAGCUAUACAUACCAUCCCAAGCCAUCAUAUACGGUUGGACAACCGCUAGGCAGCUCCAACCAGGGGGCAAGAAGAUUUAAUUCAUUGAACAGUAAAUCAAGUGUUGGAUCAUACAAUAGGCCUGGUGCUCGGGCUGCUUCAUUAAGUUCUCAGAAUUCGUUUGUGAGGUCAAGAAGUCCACCUGUGCUCUAUGAGCAAGACAACGAGGGAGAAGAUGAAGGUGAUAUAACGGUUACAACUAAAACAACCAAGGUUGUAGAUUCGCAAGGUAGAGUGCUGUCGAUAACAGUGGAGACUAUAAAGACAUUUGCUGAUGGAUCAACAGUUACUAAUACUACGACAAAGAAUAUUUCCAGAAGUAACUCUAGAGCCAAUUCGUUGAAUUCUCAAUCAAUGGCAUUGAAAGGUAAUAAUUCUGUCAAGCAUAACUCGAUGCUAUCGAAUGGUGCAGGUGGAAGCUAUAAUCUUUCGAAAAUCGAUGAAGACUUGCAAGACUUCGACUACAACUACGAACUUGAUCACGAUAUUUUAACUCAGAAAGGCCAUGGCCAUCCACAUGUGGAUGAUGUGUUACAUGAACCGGCGCAUGACGAAAAUUUUCAAGGGCAAAGCUUACGAUUAAACCAAGGUAAUCAUGGCUUAUCGUAUUACGGGGAUGAUUUUGGGUCUCCUGAGUUACAUUCGUAUGGCGGUGGUAAUGAAUCUAUACAUAGCACCGGUAUUAAAUCAGUUAGCAGCGAGUCAUCUAAACCUUUGAAAUCGAUUUUGAAAAAGAAGAAUAAUAUUAAUGAUAAGGGACCAGAAGAUGAGGAAGGGUUUGCUGAUGCAAUAGACGAGUUGCAGACCGAUAAACAACUAGACAUUAAACAAGACGAUGUUCAGCAUCCAUACAAGAGUUUGAGUAGUCCUCAGUUCAACGAGCCUCCUAAAUUUAAGGUUCCUCAAUCGCCUAAUAUGCAUGUGUCGCAACAAUCGAACAGAAUUAACACGAAUGCUGGUAGUAAGAGAACGCAUUCUCUUAUGUCUUCACCAAUAUCAAGACAUGACGAUGUGUUAUCAGAUAAAUCAGAAGCGUCAAAUUCUAUAAAAUUCCUGGAAAAACACGAAACAAUUCCAAUAUUUUACAACGACAGUGAACCCAAAGAGACUGAGCAUACGAAGCCUUCGGAUCAAGACUUUUAUAGUAUAGCAAUGCAAGUAGCUAUGGAGAGAGUAUAUGGUAAUAAGGACAGUCAACCACAAUCCCAAUCACCAAAGUUGGGGGGACAAAGGGCAAUGUCGUUGAACUCGCAAUCACUUCCUACACAAGAUUCAAAAAAAGAAAAGAAGACGCAGGAAUUAAACGAGCAAGGUGUUAAUGAUAACUAUGUUUAUCAAAACCAUCAUAAGGAUUUUGUUGGUCUAUCAUUGAGGGAUAACGUAGAACCCAAACAAACAAGUAGAAAAGAAAGAGCGAAGGAAGAAAAAAAGCAACAGAAGUCUGAAUUGAAGGAACAGAAACAGAAAAUGAAAAACCAGGAGAAAGAAGAAUCUGAAGCAUCAAAAGCUGUGUCAAAAGAACAGAAAAAAUCACAAAGAGCUCAGAAGCAUGGAAGACUCGCUUCGUUGUUUGGUAGAAGGAAGAGCACUUCCAAUGAUGAUUCAAAUUUAGUAGAUGAAAGGGGAUCAAAUAAGUUUAGUAAUGAUAAUUCACAACCAAUUGUUUCGGACACUAAUCUUACUGAAGAUAAUACCAAGGCAACGGAUUUAGAAGGGUAUCAGAAACUGAAUCACAAUAAUUCUGGCCAAGAUGAAGUCUCAAGAGCCGGAGAUAAUUUUAGAAGGGAAGGUGCAGCAGGUGCGGCAACUUUUAAUCCUGAAAUGCAGCGUCGUUUAUUGGGUAUAUCUAACACGGGAAAGGAUCGUCGUCAAAUCAACAACGACACUUCAAAUCCUAAUGGGGACCAAAAUAAUAGUUAUUUUGAUGACAAUCGUAAUCUAGGCUCUAAAAUUCAUGAUGAGGUUAACAACAACAGUAACCUUGAAAAUGCUCCUACCUUAGGAGCUACGCGGGACCAUGACAAUUCCUUUACGAAUGCCCCAUCGAGGCCAGUAUUUAAUAAUGAUAGUAAUGGUUCAUAUUCCAUGAGAUUUCCUCGUAAUGAUAGUGCUAGAUCUGAUAUUGAAAAUCUGGCAAAUAUGCCAAAUAUUGGUGAUAAUGCCAGUUUAAAUAUGAGCUCUUCCCAAAAUCAAAAUACCGAAGGCUCGAAUGCUGGGCAUGAAGAUUUUCAAGAUAUGCCUGGAUCAAUGCCAGGUGUUGAUUCAUCUAUACUUAAUGCAAUUGUUAAGGAUGACACUGAAGCAGGUCCUUCGUUUGGCCAUGACGUAAAUGCUCUGAAGCUGAAAACUACACUUGACCCUUCUGCUAACAUUGCAAACGAUCGUGCAUCUGUCUAUUCAAAUGAUCCUGAAGAGAAGCGUAAGGGUAAGGUAUUAGAUCCGAUCACUGUACCUGUUCUAAACGAAAUUAAAUCUGAAACAGCAAGUAUCGAAAGCCAAUCUAAUAAAAACAGAGAUAUUGGUACGGAAUUAGAAUCAACUGAAAACAUUGAAACAGAUGAAUUGCUUGAUUCGGACAAUGUGGUUGAUUAUUCAGAACCUACCGGAAAAGUAUUCGAUGAAGGUAUCGAAGAGAAAAAAGGAAAUUCUAGCCAAACUUUGCAGGAUUCUUUCGAUAAUAAAGUGACAGCUAAGUCAGAUAUUGUAACUAAUGAAUCAAAUAAUGAUGGCUUAAUUGACGGAGCAGUCUUAGUUAACCAAGACGAUGUCAAGGGGUAUAACGAAUCGAAUGCGUUAACUAAUGAUGCUGACUUAUCCAACCUAACCCGAGGUCAACACUCGCAAGAGCAGACUGCCACUUUGGGGAAUCAAACAAAUACGUAUCCUGUGGUUGCUGAUAGUAAUAAUCGAACAUUGAACAGUACAUAUGGUGGUCAGGAAGAAUUUGGUCGCGAUACUGAGUAUGGAAAAUUCUCUACUCAAAAACUUGAUUCUGAAAUAACCGGUGAUGCAUUUGCAACUGCAAAUAAAGAUGUAGAUGUGUCUCCUCCAUUUGUUAAUGAAUCUUUGGAAUACGCGAAUGACAAGAAGAAUUUGAAUUUAAGUAAUAAUGAAACUACAAAUUAUCAGUCUCAGGACUUGCAGGCCGCAAGACCAAUUAAUGAUGAAGUUGCCAAUAAUGGAAUUGUUAAUGAAGCGAAUCUUAAUGUUACCGAAGCAGCAACUCAGCGCGAUCAAUCGCAAUCAACAUCUUAUCCAAAAUCCUCGUUUGAGCAUAUGCAACGAGAAGAAAGUGGUUCACCAGUAGUUGUCCACAAUGAUCAUGCUAUUAGUGAGACCAAACCUUCAAAGAAAGGUAACAAGUUCAAACAUAAGCUUUUUAAGUAUUUUGUUAAUUCUUACAAUAAUUGA